AUGCCGCAACAGGAAAUUAUCUGCAGAUGGCAAUGGUAUCAUCACAUAAUAAGAAAAUAUUUUGCGGUGGACCAAGGCUUUGUCUUGCCUCUAAAUCUGCAGGAGAUGCGAUGUGUGGGUUCCAACCUACCUCGGGCAGCUUCGUCCUUCAAGAAGCUCAGAGAACCCCUGAAAGGUGUGUUUUACCUGAAUAAAACAGCGAACCUUCGGAUUUUUCUGACUGACGAAGUCUGUAAGAACGUUGCCAUCGCUAGUGUGAAACCCUCUAAGCCUUUCGUUAUUGGCCUGAAAUACUUUAAACUCAAACACUCAGCCCCUGAUGAUUGUAGUGCUGUAACUUUGGUCGACGGAGCAGGAGAACAUAAAUAUUUACCAGAUAGAAAGUCCAAAAAUGCUUUUUCUCAAGUGAGUUCGACGCAGGAAUUCAGCCUACUUGUAAACUGUACGUGUUUGGAGAAGUUCAGCUCAUUGUGGAUUACCAUAUUCGAAUAUCCGGAAACUUGCGAUUUGAAAGAUAAUCUCUCCAAUGAGUGGAAUCCCAAAAAUUUAAGAGAGGAAGACAUACCUUUGGGAGAUAGGUCGGAAUGUACCACUGGACGUGUAUCCUCAAAUAAGGACACAAGCAUACCAGUAUGUGAAAAGUCUUAUCUAACGUCAUCUACACGGCCACUGGGAACGUCACAGACACCGACAUCGUUAUCUACAAAUUCGCUGACAGUGUCAACAAAGGGGUCAACAGUACACGGAUACUCCACCGUAAGUGAAACGGAGGUGCAAUUGGACAAAACUGUAACACGUCGACCACAAUCAAACUCAACGCCUUCUGCUGGAAAGGACAAGACGGUAAUACUUGCUUCCGCUGUGGCUGCAGGGGUUUUGCUGAUAAUCCUAGUCGUUGUCAUCGUCAUUGUCUCAUGGCGGCGCCAUAAGAUUCGAUCAAUCAGAAAAUCUGCCGGUCAAGGGGAACAGAGGGAAGCUACAGGCGACGACAACCUGCUAAUGAGUUCCACCUCAGGUGGGCCGCUGACUGCAACCGGGGGACUGGAGAAAGAUGCCACAUAUAGCUGUGUCGAUGACUCCUCUGCGUUCGCCAGAGAAGUGGCGGAGGUGGAAUGUCGUAAUACCUAUGAUGUAAUCGGAGUAGAGCCCGGAUCAUCUUCUGUUGCAUUGCAGAUAACAUCCGACACAGACAGGCCUACCUACGACGAACUGCAAAUACCGAAAGUAAAGCGCCUGUCUCCCCAGAAUUAUGAAAAUGUGAACAGCACUGAUGCAAACCUGGUCAGCUACUUACAAUCUGGCGCGGUAACAGAGCUAGAUCUUAAACAUAUGGUCAUAGACGGCUGUGAAUAUGCAGUUGUGCAAAAGUAACGUACAUGCAUAUAUCUGGCGCGGUAACAGAGCUAGAUCUUAAACAUAUGGUCAUACAGGGCUGUGAAUAUGCAGUUGUGCAAAAGUAACGUACAUGCAUAUACAGCAAUUGAUGUUAUUAAGCCUAUAGUAUGUCUUUCUGCAGUUUAUAUCUUAUAGUUAGACUUGAGAUCUUAGCCUUUAUAAGUGCAAGAACAGAAAACCUGUUUGUUUCCAUUGUUGAAAUUCUGGUGUGUUAUUAGUUUCUUGUUCAAUCAAGAUCAUUACUGACAUACAUAUACAUUAUGUUUAUUUCAGUAUACAAAAAAUAAAUAUGAAUAAAUUAAUAUUAUUUCUAUUAUUAUUUAUUAAUAUUAGGCUAAAAGCUUGUAUCUGUGUAUAGUUUAUACAUCCUGUAUAUUCUUGAGUACUCCGUAAAAUACCAAUUAAAUAAAUAGGUAAAUAUAUAUUAUGUGAAAACAGAUCUGUGCCUAGAUGUAUAUUUAAUCAGAGAAAUGUACAUGUAUAC